CAGAGUUCUCUGCUAUUUAAAUCAUGCCUAUUUAUCACCUUCUCGACGGAAGUGAUGCAAGACGCACUGACGUGGCCGGAAACCCGACAUCUUGAAGGGAGGAAACGCCUCGAAGUUAAGGAGGAAACUUAAACUUUUCAGUGGAGUGAAAAAGGCGUCUCUCAAACAUGGGCAACAUAUUUGCAAACCUCUUUAAAGUCUUUGGCAAGAAAGAGAUGAGGAUUCUUAUGGUGGGUCUUGAUGCUGCUGGAAAGACAACGAUUCUGUACAAGCUGAAACUUGGAGAAAUUGUUACCACCAUCCCAACAAUAGGCUUUAACGUUGAAACUGUGGAGUACAAGAAUAUAAGUUUCACAGUUUGGGACGUUGGUGGUCAAGAUAAGAUUCGACCAUUGUGGCGUCAUUAUUUCCAGAACACACAAGGUCUGAUCUUUGUGGUUGACAGCAAUGACAGAGAGCGUGUGAAUGAAGCACGAGAGGAGCUGAUGAGAAUGUUGGCUGAGGAUGAGCUCAGGGAAGCAGUCCUGCUAGUGUUUGCCAACAAACAGGACCUACCGAAUGCCAUGAAUGCUGCAGAAAUCACAGAUAAGCUGGGGCUGCAUUCGCUUCGGCACAGGAACUGGUACAUUCAGGCCACGUGCGCCACAAGUGGCGAUGGGCUCUAUGAAGGACUCGAUUGGCUGUCCAACCAACUGAAAAACCACAAAUAAUGACUUCACUGUACUGUUCUUCCUUAGUUUGAUAUUCUCAACACUUGUUUUACUCUUUUGUUUUUAAACAAACGGUGCUGGAAGCUGCGCUCAUUUCAAACCUGAUUAAUGUGGAAGAAUAGGUCCCUACAGCAGGAAAAAGUGUUACUCACUUAAUGUAAAUAGUUUUUUUUUGUGUGUGUGUGUGUGAGGCAGCUUUUUGAGCACCAUUAUGCAAAAUACAUUUAGUCCUUUAUUGUUUAUUCCUCCCCUCCUCAGUUUUUCUGAGUCAUUGGAUAGAGUUUUAAGAACGUUAGUCCUGUAAACUCUGUCAGGUCUCAUUUGAAUCUUGCACAUGUAUUCUUUUAUUGUGCUUCUAAUAAGACUCUCUUUUAGAUGUACUGUAAACAAAGCUGUUUUGUUUGUCUUGAACAGAGUACAGGAAAUCAAACAUUACGGACACUACCUGAACAUAUUAUGGUUCAAAUUUGAGGAAGAGAAACCAAAAUCAUUACACAGUCUUCUCAGCCAAGGCUGACAAAACCUCUAAGCUUUACUGUCAUGAUACUUUAGGAGCCACAGAGGAGUGAUGCCUUUAAGUAAUAAGUUAGAUACACAAAGAUUCUCAUAUGAACUUUUUUUUCUUUUUUAAUAAUCAGAUUCCCAAUACACAACAUAUGUUUUUUGUGAAUAUGUAUGAGAAAAGUGUGGCUCAGGUUAACAUAGGUUUGAACAGUAAUGAUAAUUUUCAAGGGGAUUGGAGGUUGUUCCAUGAAAAUAUGACUAUAUAUAUAUAUAUAUAUAUAUAUAUAUAUAUAUAUAUAUAUAAUAUAUUAAAAAAAAUUGAAUUAUCCUACAAAAAUAGGCUUCAUUUUCUUUAUGCAAAAUAUUACAUGUAAUUAUUUUGGGGGGUGGGGGUGAAAUAUCCCUUGGCCAUGUUUUUUGAGAUUCACCUGGUAAGAUAAACUGAAACAUUAAUUAAAUUAAAUUUUCAUGUUUUGACACUGUUUAAGUGUUACUUUCAACUUUGUGUUCUGGAUUUAGGAAUAAACAACCCCAACCUCAUCUAAGCACAUGAUAACUUGAAAUCAGUAGUGCAUUUCUAUGGAUUUAAGACAAAACAACUAUAAGAAUGUUGGCAUGUUAAUAUCAAUGACAAUUGUUUGAGCUUUCUGUUUUGCUUGUAGAAGUCAUUUUCUCCCAGAGAAGCCCUGGUGCCUUUACAGUCCACAGAGACACUUGUUUGAGAUUAACAACCUUCAUGACCACUCACAUGGUCACUGUUAAUGCAAUGUUAGAGCUGAUGGUUUAAAAGACAACAUAUUUUUUUUCUUUUAUUCUCUCUUUCUCUUCCCAAUUAACCUCUGAUUUGGUAGACGCUGAUUACUUAGGGUCGGAACUAUGUGAAUAUCUUAGCAAAACGUUGUAUAGUGUGACUCCUAACCUAUGUCUUUUUUAUUAUUUUUCAUUUUGACAGAAAUGCACUGUAAUUAAAGAUAUUAGUAUAACUGGA